CGUCAGCUGUCGAGUCGAAAAGAACCCCUCGAAUUCCCUUCCGUCUCGCUCCCUUAUUUUCGGCCAAAAUGACGGCCAGGAACGCGCUAUUGCUGCUCUCGCUGGCCCUUUUGACAGCGGCACAGCAGAGGGUGGCCCCAGGAGUCCCGCCGGCGCAAUAUCAAGGGGGGCAACAGCAGCAAAUGAGGCCUCCCCCGCCGCCUCAGCCUGGGCAAUAUCAGGCUGCAGCACCAGGGGUUCCACCACAACAAUACCAACAGGCUCCUACAGUGCCACCACCACAGCAACAGCAAUACCAACAGCAACAACAACAACAGCAGCAGCAGCAGUACCAGCAGCCACCACAGCAACAACAGCAAUAUCAACAACCACCACAGCAACAACAGCAACAACAAUUCCAACAACAACAACCACCACAGCAGCAGCAGUAUCAGCAGCCGCAGCAGGCAGCUCAGGGCCACCAGCCACACCAGAACCAGCGCGUGCUGCACAACCCUAACUUGGGCAAGGAGCGCGAUCACAUCAAGGAGCAUCUAGAGGUGCCCAUUGACACAGCAGGCAUGUCUGAGCAGGAGCUGCAGUACCACUAUUUCAAGAUGCAUGACGCUGACAACAACAACAAGCUUGACGGGCAGGAGCUGAUCAAGUCGCUCUUCCAUUGGCACGACUCGGCCAACCACGACCCAAGCAAGUCCUCCAGCCACCCCGAGGCCAAGCUCUUCACUGACGACGAGCUUGUAGCCAUGAUUGAUCCUAUUCUUGAACAGGACGACCGCAAUCGGGAUGGAUACAUCGACUACCCAGAGUUCGUGCAGGCGCAGCGUAAUGCAGCGGCUGCAUCUGCCUCAGCAGGAACUAAUAAUGUGUAAUUUAUUAGAGGGUACUUUUUAUUUUUUCUUUCUUUCUCUCCUUUUCUUUUCUUUUUCUUAUUCUAAAGUCAUUGAUGAUCAUGACAGAAUGAAGAUUCUCUUUCUUUCUUUCUUUCUUUUUUUUUUUAAGUGCAAACAAUGCUGUGGGGACAUCAUUCAGAUGGAAAAGCUUCAACAAGGGUAAUUGUGCUUCCAAUAUUUUUCUUUUUCAGUUAACUUGUUGAAACCAAGGGCGUGUGUACCAGACUUCACAAGUGCAUAGUCACCAAGAAGUCAAUUAGAAGGCCCACUAGAUAUUAUUAUUUAUGCUAUUCCUUCAACUUUUGGAAAUGAAAUGGGAUAAACUGUAAGGUUAUGUAGGCCUAGUAAUUAACUUCUUGAUGACUAAAUGUUGGGAAAGCUAUAUACCUAUAAACAAUAUUGGCAAAACAGUGUUAAUCGUGCUUCAUGGUAAAUGUUUUUUAGAUGGCAGUAUAUAUAUUUUUUUAUUCAGAUAGGUAUUGGAUGAAAAUCUUAAAAGAAAAAGAAAAAAAAAGUGUGUGCAAAUUUUACCAUAUAGAAUUGAUCAUGAAUGGUGCCAAUAAAGUGCAAGACAUAGACAAGAAAAUGAAUUAUAUCUACAACUUUAUUUAUAUAACUUUAUUAUUCAUGUCAAUUUUUGUAGAGAUAGGAAGCGCAUAGUGAAUCAUUUAUUUCUCAGAUGAUAUUUGUACUGUUUUUCUCUUUAUUAUGGUUUUUAGUUCUUUUACGUCUUUCUUUUAUUUUUGGAAAAUAGAAAGUUGAUGCACAAAUGACUGAGUAAAAAAGACAUGACAUUACCGAUUUUAAUUAAAUGACACAAAAAAGUGAGUAAUGAGUGAUUUGGUCCUUGGUAAUACUGCUCAAGGUAACCAGAAGAACUCUCUUAUCUAACGUGUAAAUAAACGUAUUAUCUUUUUAUGUGAUGGAAUGUAAUUUUCUCAGUUUUUAGAAAUGUGGGGUUAAUCUCUUAGUGAUCAUCAGGGUUAACUUUUAUAUCAGAUAUACAGAUAUGGUAUCCAUAGGUAAAGUCUGCUAGAGAAAUGACAUGGCAUGUUUUGUCAUGGAAGAGUACUCAGCCCUACAAAAGGUAUUAUAAUUUACAAUAAAUAAAAUGUAUAUUUAUGAAAUAUUUCUCUCCUCAGACUGAAGGUUUUUUGUUAAUGCAGAGUAUUACUGUUGUUAUUAUUACUACUAUUAGUGCUGUUAUUGUUUUUAUAUUAUUAUUAUUAUUAUUAUUAUUAUCAAAUGUUUUUUAUGUUACAAUUAGAUUCUGUUUCUUUAUUUUUUUCUCUGAUUGUAAUAUUUUGUCCUUAUCCUUGGAUACAUUGUCACAAUUUGUCAUUGUUUUAACUUUCACAAAAGAAUUAAUUUGGAAUCUCAAAUAUAUGGGUGAUUUUAUGUAUUUCGUCGUAAAACUUAAGUAUUUUUUUUCAUCUUUUUCAGUGGUUAUGGAUUUCCAUUUUUAUAUGACAAUAAGUUAAUAAAAUAUAUUGGUUAAA